AAUUUUUGAAGGAACGGUUCGGAACAGCGCCAUCUUCUGCAGGAUAAUAUACCGAAGUCAAUAAUCAUGGCUUCCUUAUCCAGGUUAGAAUUGAAUAAAUAACGUGGUAUCUUUAGUGUAUCAUUAUUUCACUUAUCAAUAAAGUUAUCGAUAAUAUUUUAAAAUGCAUCAAAUAUCAUUUGUACUAUGGCUCUGCAAAAUAGAAGGAAAGUUUAGUUAUUUAAUAAUGACCCAUUCAAUAACAAUAUCUUCACUUUCAAAAACUUUCACUCAAAUCACUCACAGUCACUCUCCUACCCUAAAAUUGUCUACUCUUAGUCCUAAGUCUUCAGAUAAUGAAAGAUGAAUGGGUAUACUUCUGAGAAUAUUCAUAUACUAUUAUCUUAAAUAUGUGAAGUAUAUAUGGAAGUAACCAGCUAAAAACUGAGUUUCACACUAAAAAUGUUUGGACACUUUGAACCUUUUAUAGUUAAAUGUUAAAUUUUAUAGUUUUAUUAAUUUGUUUUUCUUCUUCCUUUUAACUGGAAAUACUGGAAACUUAAUUUUAGAGCCCAGCAAGGCUGAGACUAAGACUUACUUAGACUCCUAUACCUUAAAAUCAUAAAUUCAUAAAUGAAAUCAUGCGUCUAGGGUGGGGGGGGGGGGCAAGGAAUGUGACAGUGACAUCACAUUAAUAGCGGAAAAUUCUGGUUUUUAAAAAAUGCACUAAACAAACACUAAAUUACAGAAAUUUUUAACAAUGUUCUCUGAUAAAAUUGCUAUUUUAUUUUUAAACUACGAUCACUAAGAGAAUCAGUACAUGUAUGCAAGGUCCGAAAAAUUGCCUCUGAUCACGUUGCAGGCUGCCACAGAGGAGGAAAAUAUGGGUGUAGCGACAAUGUCAGUCAGUCAUGAAAAUUUAUGUCAAAUUAUGGAAACGGGAGUCAUAGAAUUAGGACUAACAUGUGACAUGGGAUGGAACGAAAAAAGAUGGUUUUCCCGGGGGGGGGGGAGGGGGGUCUUAGUAAAUGCUAGGGGAGAGAUUCUUAGCCUUUUUGCAGCCCCAAUUUAUUUUAAACAUUUCCCCCACCCAAAAAAUAUAUAAAUUAUAUCGUAAUAAAAUUUUAAAUAUGAAAAUAAUUAAAUAAUUUAGCUAUCAGUUAUCAUAGUUUUAUUCUUUACUUAACUUUCUAUAAACUAGCUUCAUCUAUUUUAGCUAUAAAAAACGUCGAUAUAAAACUCUGAUUAAAAAGUACUUAUUGUUAAGCUAUCCACAAACAGCUUGAACCGGAAGAUGAUUUAAUUGUUAAUAAAAGGGAGUGGCUAUAAUUCCGGUUAAAUAUUGGAUUGGAAGUUGCUAUCUGAUUGUGUUUUUAAUUGGCAGACCACAGUUCGUGGGUUAAAAAAUGCAGAUACUAUUAAUUUAUUAGCAUAUAUUUAAUUGGCUUUACACUACCAUUAGUUUUUUCCAUUCUUUAGUAGUCUUUUCUAAAUAAUCUUUCUCUGGAAUAGUUUAUACAUUUUGAAAUUGAAAUCAAUAAAAGCAAUCACUACAACUACAUAAAUAACUUAAAAUUUUAAUUAAAAGUCCACUUCAAAUGAGACAUUUUCUUUUCUUUAAAUAGUAUUUUACCAGCACCUGUGCAGCGGUUUGACAGAGAUGAUGAAGAGCGCAUCUUCAGAUCACAGAUGCAGGUUUGUAAUAUGUUAUGGUUAUCUUGUAAAAGUCUUGCCCAUUGCACAAUGUUCAUGUUGCCUAUCUCUCAAUCUAAGUAUAGAACUGAGCAGGCAACAUUCACCCCACUAAAAUGUUUAAUGUGACCAGCAAGAACUUCCAGGAACUGGAUUAAUGUUUUGAACAAGUAGCCUUGAAAGCUUUUGAACUUUAUAAUUACAGUGUAAAAUGAUUAAACUGUAAUACCAAUAAUAAAAGUACCUGUAAAUUAAAUAAAAUUAUUCAACUGCUUAUUUUCUAAUUCAGCGGUUCUCAACCUGUGGGUCGCGACCCCUUUGGGGGUCGCGCAACUCUUUCCAGGGGUCGCCUAAGACCAUCUGAAAACAUAUAUCCUUACAGCUAUGAAGAAGCAACGAAAAUAAUUGUGUGGCUGGGGGUCGCCACGACAAGAGAAACUGUAUUAAAGGGUUGUGGCACUAGGAAGGUUGAGAACCACUGUUCUAAUUGAACGUCUGAGUGAAUUUUAGAUUUCAAUGACUUUUACUAAACAAAUAUCAUUAAAAAAAUCAUGCAGCACACCAAAAAUAAAUAAGUUUCAAUGCAGCCCUCUGCACAAAAAGGGUUCCCACUCCUGGUAAAGAAGGGUUAAUUUUGUCUGUAGGCCAUUCCCAGCCAUGGGUAAAUAACUUGGUGGAAUUAAUAUUUUUUGCCCAGAAAGGCAGUUGUGUAAAAAAGACUAGCUCAUCCAUGGAAUUCAGAGAAUGGCAGCCAACUUUCUUAAAAGAUAAUCGUCUGUCUUUGCAAAAGUAACUGUAAUCUUACCAAUUACAGUCUUACAGCUGCCAGAACAACAAUAUGGAUCAUAAAAAAAUUAUAUCUUCUAGAAAUAUUGUGCCAAUUUAUUUUCUUUCAAAAACAAAAUGAGCAUUUAAAUGCAUUGAUUUUUAAUUUCAAUAUAAAACUAACAGAUUUGAAAAAAUAUGCAUAAUAAUUUCCACCAAACGUUAAAAAUUUUAAUGUUAUGUAAAUCCCUGAUAAAUAUUACAUUUUUCAGGUAAUAAGUUGAAAUAUUAUUCAUCCUGCUAUUUUAAAGCUUUGCUGUACUCCAAUUACUACAGACCUAUAAGGCAAGGCUGCUUGUUUAAAGUUUUAUUCUCUCUUAAGCUCAGAAAUAGCUCAACACCACACCGGCUUUUUAAAAUUUGUAUGUAUGUAAUUUGGUUUCAUGGUCUUUAUAUAUUUUCUUAGUUUCAUCUAUGCAACUGAAUUAAGUAUUGUAUAUGCACAGUUUCAGUUACAUGUCUUUGUCUUUGGAAUAUAUUUUUAGGUUGUGUCUGUGACAAGUAAUCGUACAGCUCCUCCUUAUGGUCACAGAAAAGGAUGGAUUCCAAGAACUCAAGAGGUAAUUUCAAAUAUUUUUGGGUUUCUCUUUUACAUAUAAACUUUAGCAGUCAUGUUGUAUGGAAGUUAGAUUGCAAGGUGCCCUAAACGAACACGCACUAAAUUAUAUGGUGAACGAUCUUUCUCUUUCUGCGCCCCCAAACAAUGGAAUUCUUUGCCACUACACAUCCGCAAUAUAACAACCACACAGGCCUUCAAAACUGCACUCAAAACACAUCUAUUUAAACUAUACUACUCUGACUGAUUCUCCUCCUAUAAACCGAUAAACGUACAUGGGUUUCCUUGUAAAAAUGUCUGGUGUGGGUGGAUGAAUAUACCUAUGGUGUUGUUUUGCUUAUAUGUUGUUUUUAUUUCAUUUAUGUAUUUUAUUUUAAUAUUAUGAUUAUGCCUCUUUGCUAUAUAUGUACAGCGCGGUGAGCCCAGCCCUAGGCCGGGGUACCGCGCUAUAUAAGACCACUUAUUAUUAUUAUUAUUAUUACAUACUACAGCAACAAUGAGCAACAGGGGAAAACAGUUGCAGCAGGAAGUAGCUUGUGGGAAUUUGAGAGGGCACUAAGUAAGCGAUGGCAGAGGCUGUAAUGGGUUGAAACACACUUUGCUUGAUGCCUAACAUUCAUUUUAUUUUUUAAGAUAUUAUAAAAUUUAACAAAAAUAUUGUUCAAAAGGACACUAGAAACUAUUAGUUUAUGUCACUAUUUAGCUAACAAACUUCUUUUGAAAGCUCAGCUGUGCACCAUUUUACUAAAAGAUGUGCCAAUGAAAACACUUCAACACUUCAUCCUUCCUAUACACAAGCAUUUUAUAUUUACCUUUUGCAGGUUAUAGAUUAGCUGGAUAAGAAAAUUAAUUUCAUUUGUGUAAAUUUUUUUAAUGAAAUACAAAUAUGUGCCUACAAAUUUCAAAAUUGAGAAAAAACAAGUACACAAUACUUAUUAGCUUAAUUUAAGGUUUAAGUGUUGAGUAAAACGGUGCAUGUUACUGGCAUUUAUGCUAGGGGUGUGCCGGAUCCGUUUUUUCCAACCGGAUCCGGAUUUUCUUAUGCGAAAUCCGCCGGAUCCGGAUUCCGGUUUCUCCCGGAUUUUGGUACUAUUGGUAGAUACUUCGGUAAGUCAAGGUGGACUACUACUUUUUGUGUAUGGGAAUUCGCAAUCGGCGCCAAAAAAUCCGAGUUUUUAAUUUUCCGAUGUGUGUGUCUAUUUAUUAUUAAAUUAGUACUUUCGAUAUAUAUUUGAGUUCCGUUCCAUUUGGAUAAGUGUCUUACGAGAGACGCCAUGUUUCUACGCGUUCGCAGCAGGUUAUGCAGCUCGCUCAACCUAAUUUCGCCAUGGGGUUGGCCACGCCCCCCUUUUUAAUGGCGGAAGUUGACGAUACUUAGGAAAUAUUAAUUUAUUAUCACUAUUUACAUCAAAAUAAUUGAUAACUUGUGUUUCAGAAUGCAUUUAAAGACAUUUAAACUGGAAUGUUUUAAUUUGAGCUUUAACAACCCGGUAGAAUCCAUAUUAUAAAUGAUCAGAAUUUACCGUGUGCAACACGUUGUCAUUGGCAACCAUUCACAGCCACUUGCAUAACUGUAUCGUAGUACUACCUCAGAGUUUCAUUCAUAAGAGUUUGCCGUGUGCAAAAACUAUUAAACCAUUGGUCAGGGAAAGCUUUAAUUAAUUAUUCAUGUGCCAAAGUUGAAAGUUUAAACUAAGUCUAAACAGUAUUUUAGUGAUAAGGCAGGGAAUGCGUUGCCUUAUAUAAACUAUAUAGUCAUUGCGCAUGACGGGAUUGGUGGAAUGAGAUCACAGAAUGUGGAGAUGCAGUCCAUGUUAAAAAAUGACAAACCAAGUCGUACUUUAAAAAUUCAUAACUUUAAAACUACAACAGCUAAAAAUAUGAUUUUGGUGUUAUAAUUCUUUAAAAAAUUACAUCUUUUCAACUAUGCCAUUGGUUUAUUUUUACAAAAAGUUUAAAUUUUCUUAUCAAAGUCCCUACACUAUUGGCCACUAUUAGCGGUGCUGACUCUAGCCUCUGGUAUGUACGGAAUAUUAAACAUUAAACAAGCUCAACGCUCGAAACAAUCGAUUAAUGUAUCGUGAUCGUGUGAAAUUCGGGAAAGAGAAUUACUUUUAUUUCAGAUUAUGAUCCGGUGAGUCACAAAAUCUGGCAAAUUCCGAAAUCCGGUAUAUUCCGGAAUCCGGAAUCCGGUUGUUCCGGAUACAUGUAAAUCCGGCGGAACCGGAUUUCACCGGAUAGUGCAAAAUCCGGCGGAACCGGAUUCCGGACCGGGGUCCGGCACACCCCUAAUUUAUGCCUGCAUUUAUCAAAUAUUUGUUCCAAAUACUAGACUAGAAACUUGUGUGGUCAGCAGGAUAUGCCCCUUCCGAAAUGUGUCGUAUUGGUAACAUAAGUAUCCUGCUUUUUUUUUUCCACUGUCAUUUGAAACUUUUCUUUUAACAUUUCUUCACAUAUGUUUUUUCAGAAAACUUGUACAAUUUUUUGUUUCAUUAACCAUUUAGGAUUUUGGCGAUGGAGGGGCUUAUCCAGAAAUUCCAAUAGCACAAUACCCACUAGGGAUGGGCAAGAAACAGACAUCCUCUAAUGCACUUGCAGUUCAAUUGGAUGCUGAGGGAAAGAUAAAGUAUGAUGCUAUUGCAAGACAGGGACAUGGAAAAGACAAAGUAAGCACAACUUUUUUCAACCACUCUGAAGCCCCUGGUCUGCAAUGCAGAAAGUUUUCAGAUGUGCUAAUUUAUAAUUUUCUCACAUCUACUUCUAUAAAAAACUAUAUCCACAAAUAGCAUUUAGUAAGAUCCCCUUUUUCCUUGAAGGUUGAAACAUAAGGUUAUAAGACAGUAAAUUCAAUAACUUUGUCAAGAACAGACCAUAUUUAUUAACUUGAGUUAAAUACAAUACAGGAAUCUGUAUUACUAGAGCUAGAAUAAUUAAGUUACCAAAAUUUUGUACAAAGAAAAGUUGUUAAAACAAACUUAUACUUGAACAACAUUCCUUCUUAAAAAUUAAUUUUGUAUACAUUUGAGGAUACAAAAGAUGAAUUAUCAUUAAUUACAAAGCUGACAAAGCUGCUAUUCAUUGGUGUAAAAAAAAAAAAAACUAUUUUGUUGUAAAGUUUAAGUGUUGUGUUUACCAUGUAGAAGAAAUAAACAUUUUGGAAUGAUCGCACAGGGAAUCGGAGAGUAUUCAUUAAUUUUUCUUCAUGCUUUUUUUAUAUAGAUGCCCAUUGGCGCUGUGUGGAUAUAAAGUGUUAAGCAAUCACUCGGGAGUAAUGAUCAUUAACUCAUUCCCUACAAUAGCGAGUAGAUGCGUCUUUCGGGGGGGAGGGGGUUCCGCCAAAUGCGUCAUGGCGUAUAGCAAUACAUUUCUCUCAUUUGUAUUUAAUGCUCGUUACUAAUUUGCCAUUAAUGUUAUAUUUUUAUUAAACCUUAUUCAUUCUGGAUGCAUUCAUUCUUAAUUACUUGAUAUUUAUUAAUAUUUAGAAGCUUAAAAACAUAAUUUAUAAAAUGGAAAUCAAUUGCAAAAUCAAGUUAUUUCCCUUUCUCUGGAAUAUUAAUUAAGCGUGGAAGUAGCACUGCUGCCAAGAAUGAGUAACAAUUAUUUUUCUCAAAGGUCCAUUCAGUGUGCAUAAUUAAAAAGACUUGAAAGUACUGAGAUUAAGAAAGUAUGAGCAUUUAAAAUUUAAUAAUAUUAAGCAUAACCAUAUUAAAAACUAAAAAAUUCGGUCAAACAAUAAAGAUUUUCGAAACUUCAUAAUUAUUAACAAUAUAGAAACGCUCUAGAUUAUUUUAAAAAAAAAUUUUAAACUGAAUGUUACAUACCACUAUUAGGUUAAACAAAUUUAAUCUGCAGUUUUAAAGUUUUGUCUCAAUAGAUGAACAAUAAUUAUAAAGGAAUGAAAACCAGCAUACAAAGAAACAUUAUACCAAAGCUAAAAAUAUUCAAUUUAAUUCUACUAUUAAGUUAAUAUAAUUGUUAAAAAUAAAGAAUAAAAACUAUGUUAACUUACAACACAGCAAGUUAAAAAGUAUAAUACUAGACUGGUACAAAUAUUAACCCACACAAACAGUGAAAAAAUCUAGUAAGUCUUGUAAGUGUAAGGUUCUUGUAUGUCUGACUUGAGUAAAUAAAUCUCAUGUCUACGAAAUCUAGUACUGCUGGAAAAGCUGCUGGCUUAUUUAUAGGGAGGGAUUUAAAAACCUCCUUCUCUACCACCAUUUAGAAUAUCUUUGACCGUAAACAACCUUUUCCCAAUUAAGGGAGGGGUAGUGAUAGAGGACUUCACAUUAAAUCGGUGACAUCAAUAUCAGAACAAAGAGGGGAUAAGUGGUGGUUGAAACAUCUCUACAUUGAACCAAAAGUGGGUCAUCAUAACAUGAAUUAAUUGUGAUAUUCGCUGAUAUAGAAUAAUACAGUUGUGAAGUGUGAAAGAAAUAUUGCAAACGACAAGUUGCAGCUUGAAUACAAUGAAUAUUUUGUUUUGUUAUUCAUAUAUAUAUAUAUAUAUAUAUAUAUGUAUAUAUCAUGUCUGGCGUUGGCAAAGUGUUUUGAGGAAAAUUUGCUUUUUUUUUAAAAAAAAAUUCUUUUAAAUUAUUAAUGGUUGGUGUUGUGAUAUCUUAAUAUCUGAACGGACUUAUCCAAUGCUUUUUAACCUUAAUAAAAAAAAAAAAAGUAAAUUUGCUGAAAAAUAUUUGAGAUACCAGUACACUCUUCCACUUGUUACUCACACAUGCACCUUUAUUAUAUGCUGAUAGAAUGUUCGUUGGUCUACAGCUUUAUACCAGUACGGUAAGCAUUUUAUUGUGAGAAAUAGAUUACUUGACUGUAGGCUUUUUUUUUGCAGCCAUGUUUUCAUUUAAAUUUAAUUGUUUAGGUGAUACAUUCACGACCACAAGAUCUACUCCCCAAACCAAUAGAAGAUGAUGACCCAUCGUUACAAAAGCCUAAUGAAGAAGUCAUUGAAGAAACUACAGAAAAAACUAGGCUUGCCUUGGAAAAGUUAGUUUCAGGAAAAAUCAGCGCAGCCAUGCCUGUUCGUCAUGCAGAAAAGCAAGCUCCAGCUCAAUAUAUAAGGUAAGUCUUAUACAGGAGAGGCCUUUUAUAAUUCACCAAAAUGCUUUCUGCUCUGUAAGUAUUUACAAUUUACAGAUUUAAAAUAUAUAUUCAUUGAGAGCCUUUUCCUUCUUGGAGUAAGGAAAAUGAAUAGUCUGGUGCAACCCAUUAGUGAACAUUAACGUUGCUUACUCCAAUGAAGGCUCUUAAUUCGUUUUGGCUAAAUUGAAUUAAUUUUUAAAGUUUGCUGUUCUGAAGUUAAUAUUUUUGUGACUACCCAAAAACAUUUAAGAUAUUAGUAGCAUGCUAAAAAAUAACUGAUAUCUAAAAGUUUGACUUUCACCAACUACAGUCAUGCUUACCCUGGACGUAAACUAGCUCUCCAUCUCCAGUUUGUAAACCAAAAAAAACAACAACAAAAACCAUGCAAAGUCAUUUUUGCAGUAGUUAAAAUUUAAUUAAAUACCUGGUAUUAAAAUGAAUGGAAUUUUAUAAUCAUGAUAAAAAAAUGGUAUUAACUUUUAAUUAUAAUAUAGUUGACUAUCGGUUGUUUUCACAAGUUCACCGGCCAUCACUGUGGUCACUGUUGCUAAUUCUUAUCUACUGAUGUAAGAUUAUUGAUUUUUAAGUCAGUUUCAGAUAUAAAUUCAACUUUAACUUCAUCACUAUUAUUUUCUACAUUAAUUUCAAUAAAGUCUAGGUGUUGAUCUUUUGGAUUGUUUUAUCAUCUAAACCUGCUAGUCUUGUAAACUUAGCUUGCUGUCCCAUAUGAGCUUGGAAAGACACAUUAAACUUUGAACUCCCAUAACUUUCAAACAAGAGAAGAUAAAAACUUACACAUUUUUUUUUCUUUUUUAACCCAUGAACUGUGGCAUGCAUCAUUCUGUGGUGUGGAGCUUUUCAGAGGGUUUUGAGUGACAUUUGAAAUUGCAUUAAAUGACAUAGAAAUAUUGGUACAAGACCCCAAUAAGUAUAUAUUUUUAGAAACGUAAAUGGAUGGGAAUAAAGUUGGCCAUAUUGCCCACACCGUAAAAAAAAUUUGCUCAGUGUCCUUGACCUUGACGUUCUCAAGAAAAUAAAAAUCAACAAAAUGUCUUGCUUUCAAGUGCUCAUAACAUCAUUAAUUUUUAAAGAUACACUUAAAACAUAUUUCAAAAUGUUGUAGCCAAUUCAUUUAUCUUUCAUAAAAUGUAUAGUUUUCUAAGGUUUUGAUUGCAAUUAAACCCCUUAAAGCAAUUUUAGUAAUUUUUGGUCAUUUUUAUAAGAAACUGGGACCACUGCUAAAACCAAGUACAAAAUACAAAAUCUCAGGCAAAAUAGUUAUUAUUGACUAGUAAACAUUUAUAAAGGAACUGUGGAACUGAUUUGGGUUGUUUAACUAUAAAAUUUAUUAGUUCUGAACUAUAAUCUGUAACUUCUUUGACUAAAAUUCAGUCAGUCCUUGCACAACCUCCGGGCCUGGCUCGAUGUCUAACAGUAGCCUCAGUAGGCCCACUUCAGUAUCACUAAGACUAAAAUUCACGAGAAGAAUAAUCUCAACUGAUAUCAUCAUGGGGAAUGUUAAAAUCACCAUCAGUAUCACUUAAAACCUCCCCUAAAAAGCUUUCAACAUAUUUCUAUUAGUUCUUGCCCUGAAGACCCAGCCAUGGCUUCAACCAUUUUAGCUUUAAAAAAAACAGUGAUAUAAAACUCUGAUUAAAAAGUAUUUCUUUUUAAGUUAUUCUUUUUAAGUUAAUCAAGAAACAGCUUGAAUCAGAAGAUGAUUUAAUUAUUAAUAAAAGGAAGUGGCUAUAAUUACGGUUAAAUAUUGGAUUGGAAGUUGCUAUCGGACUGUGUUUCUUAUCUGACGAUUUUUUCGGCCGACCGCAGUUCGUUGGUUAAAGAGACUCAGUAAAUUUUAGAAUUUGAAUGUAUAAUUUCAUUGCUAUGUGGCCCAAAUAAGUGUCAUUUGUCAACUGCCUGAUAUGCCACGGGUCUGCGUUGUAGGAAGGUGCUAGUGGGAAUAUCAGAUGCGAAAUAGGGCGCUAAUGGCAGUGAGGGUUAAUUUGGUAUUUUAAAAAUAUAUUUGUGAAAAUCAGGUACACACCCUCACAGCAAGGAGUUGCUUUCAAUUCUGGUGCUAAACAGAGAAUUAUUCGAAUGGUGGAAACCCAAAAGGAUCCCAUGGAACCUCCAAGAUUUAAGUAAGUAAUUUUCAAAUAAAAAUUUAAACAUUAUUUGACAUUCUGGAUUAUCUGAAAAUACUAAAAAUAAUUUGCUGACUUAAAUCAAGUCAUCACAUUUAGGGACGUUAUUAAUUGUUAGAUCAGACAUUUGGGCUUAGUUGAGUACAAUGUUUGAUUACAUAGUGUUUUGGUGUUAAAGUUAAUUAAUAAUCAUUAUGAUGUCAUCCUCUUUUUCUAGUUGGAUUAUUCUACAUUUUUAGUUAUAUUAUCCUCCCUCAGUCUCAUUCAGGUCAGGUAAUAGGUACUCUUAAAUAAAGAACAUUAAGUUAAAAAAAACAUAGUUAAAUUUUAAAAUAUGACUCUAUCUCCAUAUCCCGUUAUGAACAUUACAUUUUUUUUCAAUUUGGUUUUAAUAACUUUCCCAAAAUUCAAUAGGGUGAAUAAGAAAAUUCCUAGAGGACCUCCUUCACCACCUGCACCAGUCAUGCAUUCUCCAAACAGGAAGGUAAAAUUUAAUUAUUUCUUUUAAAUUGGCAUUUAAACAAAUAAUGACCUACAUAAUUGCUACGAUUUUAAAAUAAGUAUUUAACUUCUAUUUAAGAAUUACUUAUGAUAAAAAAAGUUUAAUAAGUGUUGAAUUUAAUUUUUUAACCCCAUAGCCAUAACUAGUAUAACUGUCAAGUGCAUUUUUCUGUGUUGUCAAGCCAUUUUUAACAUUUUCAUAUGCUUCUCAAAAAUGACAAUUCAAUAAUUAAUUCAUUCGGAGACCCCUCUUAGUAUACAUUUUCUGAAAGUAAAUUGUACAAGGUAUCUUAUGGUAUGAAAGAAUUUGUUUUUAUAUUAUGUAUCUUUAUUUUGAACUUGACCCACAACUUCUGAAUACAACCCCACCUAAUGCAGGUAGUCCAUAAAUUGUUCAAACUAUCAUAAAAUCAGGUUUUUGAGAUACUAGAAGUUUUAGCUACUUACUUAUAUUGAAACUUGUAAUAUUGGUAAAUUUUUUCAUUCACUCCCUUCAAAUUUCUGUGAUAUAAAAUACAAGGGGGAAGGGACAUAGAGUUCUUAAAUUCCUUUUCAAAUAAAGUUAGUAAAACCAUUUUUUAUUAAAUUAUAUAAUUAAUGCUCCAGAACAUACACAAACAUAAAUGUCUUUGAAUCUCUUUAAAGUAGGUCUUUGGGAUCCAAUCUUUGUCUUUCUGUUUGAUUUCUAUCAUUUCCCAAAUUAAUUUGUCCGUAACAAUAUGACGUUUAGGUUUAAAAUUGUCAAUAUCUGACUCUUAUGUCCGUAUCAAUAUGACUAAGUUUAGGUUUAAAAUUGUCUAUCUGACUCUAAUGUCGGAUUGUCGACAUCACUGCUAGCUCGUGAAAUAUCUCUAAAAUCAUUGCUUUCAUUUUAAUCCAUUUGAAAUAAUUCCAAUAACAAAAGUCUUUGUUGUUGAUUUUGAUAUUUAGAGGGGGAUACACCAGCAUCAGACACCAUGGCUGUUAUGUAGCACACUUUCCUUGUUCCACUCUGGUUGACCCCACAUGAGACGGUGGUCGCAAUGGGCGUGGCUUAGUCUUUUGAUCUGUCGUGUUUAUGCCGACAGCAACUAAAAAUAAUUAAUUUGUUCUUAGUGGUGUUUUGUCGAAUGUUCGCGAUUGUAUUAGAAAAUUAAGUGUUUCUGGAUGCGUCGGUAGAAGCGACUAUAAAAGCAAAGAGAGCAAUAGAAUUGAUAGACAGAUUCAGAUAGAUAUUUGUAACUUUACGAGACGUGUAUUAUGCUUUGUGUUCUUAUAUAUGUGUUUAUUUGCAUUUCGUCAUUGUGCAUUAUUAAUAGGCACAUUGUACUGUGUACCAGUACAAGAUCUACCAUACUCUGCAAGUUGAUCAUUUGUAAUUAUAUUUCUUUUGUUUUAUAAUUGUAUUAUUACUAAAUUAAAUUUUAUUAAUUGUAAUUGGUACUGUUUUCGGUGUCGUAUUUUUAUUAUUGUAUUUCUCUAUGGUAUCGUCCUUUGUUAGGCACUGUUUGAACGACCCAUAACAUAAAACAAGAGAUUAAUUUCUCACAAUAGAAGUCAGUGCGUAACAAUGGGGGUAAAAAAAAUUGAGCAAAUUUUACAUGAAACGCACAAAAAAACCUGAUAAAAGCAUGCUAAUACUAAUACUCAAUGACGUAAAUAGGAAGCAAACUCAGUUAUAUAGAGUGGUUUCCCCUUAACCAAUAAACAUUAAAUUAUUCUCAUUUUAAAUGCCCAUUUCGCUAGCAGACACUUAUGUCGAUAUCGGCUGUGACACCACAGAAAAGGUGUAACGGCAGAUAAUCAGCUGUUAUGACAGUUACAAGGUUAAAAAGUUAGAUUAAUUUUGCAAAUUGUUGUCACAUCUGCAUUCCUACACAAUUUUAAUUUUUAAAAAUUAUUUUUCGCAGUUAUUUUAUAAUUAUAACAUUUAUAACAGGUUUCUGUGAAAGAACAACAGGAUUGGAAGAUACCACCUUGCAUCUCAAACUGGAAAAACAACAGAGUAUGUUAAAAAAAAAAAAUUUCCAUUAAAAUUUUUUAAUAAAAUUUAUUGUAUUACCAUCAAAAGCUAAUAAAUCCUAAAAGAUCCACACAAAAAAAAAUUUACUUAAUUAUAAAUCAUUUGGUACAAAAAAUAUUGUGAUUCUUUUCCCUUGAAUUAUAUAUUUCAUAUUAUUGAUUUGAGAGUGUGGAAUUUCAUUUAGAAUUUUUUUUUUUAAAUUAUUUUUCUUCCACUUAAAAUGUUUUUAAAUUUAAAAAACCUGUAAACCUCAUUGCUCUUCAUUGUAAUUUAUUAAAGCCUCAUUUUCAUCUGUCAGGGUUACACAAUUCCUCUUGACAAGCGUUUAGCAGCUGAUGGAAGAGGUCUCCAAGGUGUUCAUAUUAAUGAGAAUUUUGCCAAAUUAGCAGAAGCCUUGUACAUAGCUGACAGAAAAGUAUGUUUUAAUUUUUUAACGGCCAAUGUACCUGAAGUUUAUAUGUCCUAAUAUAAAUGUUGGUCAUUCAGGGGGGUAUUUAUGUAUUAAUAUAAAUUUUUUUUUUGUUGUAAAGGAUGCAUAAAUUGCCAAAGCCCAAAAAGUCUUAAAAGGGGUGUCAUAAAUAGUUAAUAAAAUAACAGUUAAAUAUUUCUUCAUUGAACAGAAAGGUUAUUCUAUUCCUUAUAAAAUAACAGUUGAAUAUUUCUUCAUUGAACAGAAAGGUUAUUCUAUUCUUUAACAAAUGUUUCACCAAACUAUUAAAAACAUUAUACCAUAAGCUUACAUUUUAAAUGAAACUCUUAAUUUACUAGAGUUGAAUUAAAGAAUAUGUUUUUCAUCCCUAAAGGCCAGAGAAGCUGUGGAAAUGCGUGUUAAUCUAGAAAAAAAUAAAGUAAAGACUAUCAAGGAGAAAAAGGAACAAAAUCUUCGACAGUUGGCCCAGAAGGCCAGGGAAGAAAGGGCAGGAAUUCGCAGGGAAGAACCAGGAGGUAAAUAUAUUAACAAAGGAUUAUUAGAACAUUUUAAACACUCUCACAAGUUUAUAGCUGUAAUUUUGUCAUUAUUUAUACACCUAUACAAAAUAGUAACUGCACAAGUCACUGAAAUCUGUGGAUUCGUCUAAAAGCCAUGUAAAUUUUAUAUUUCUAAUGUUUUCAUUUUCAUGUCUUGAAUACUUCUUCCCAUUGUAUUAAAUGCCAAAGGGAUUUUAAUAAAUUCUUUCUCAAAUUUGAAUAGCAACAUUUUUUUAACAAUCGCACCGCUGGAUUCUUUUAUACUGUGGUUUUGGUUAUAAUUUGUGGAUCAUUGUUUUUAGCAAUUACUUGAACAAUCAAGUAACUUGCCUCUCAAGCUUUCCCCGAUGUCUUCUUCUGUCCGUUUCUAACAUAAAGACAUCGCGGGGAGGCGAAGUUGACAAUUUAGUGCAAGAUGUGAUGCUUGUUGAUAAUCCAUGUCGUGAACUUUGAGGGCGGCGUUAACACUUAAUUUACAAAUGACAUCCAUCAGGGACUAUCAAGUUUAACUGAUUGGCGACUGUUUAACAUAGCAACAAGAAAAAUUCAUGAAUAAUCUCCCACUAGUGGCGCAUGCAUUCUAACAUGUUUAAUUUCAUCCCAAAUUGAUAAAUCACAACUUUUAAAUGAAAAUAGCUUAUCUAAAGUCCAGUUUUUUUUAAUUUUCUUUUUACACCAAUCGAUAGUAAUUUUGUCAAAAAUGGCCUCUGAUGAAUUUGAUAGCAAUUUGAUUUAAUUAUAGUUAUUUCAUUUGUUAAUUAUGCUAGCUGUAGUAAUACAGAUUCCUGUACUGAUAUUUAAAUUAACAAAGUUAAAUCAAUAUCAUCCAUCUUGACAAAGUUAUUUAAUAUGGAAAUGAGCGAAAUAAAGUAUGGGAAAACCUGAAAAAAAGAGCACAACAAAACAAUGAACAUGUCGGCAAGAAGCCUUCAUCAGCGAACAAACAACAGUAAUAAAAGAAUUAAAUAAAAAUAACACUUACCUGAAAUGUAGUAUCUGAGAGGACAGCACAUUCCUCUUGCUGUCCUCUCGGAUACUACAUUUGAUGAAGAUUUCUUGCCAUUUUUCUAACCUUCUUUUUCCCCGUACCGGGGAGAAAGGUGGAGUGAAUAAAAGUUGUUUUUUUUUUUUACUCUAUGCGCUUUGUGGAUAUAAAAUGUUAACACAGUCGACCCCCUGCGUGGUCUUCCUUUGGCUCUAAAACUGGAGUGCAUGCUAUUAUAGGCUUGCAUGUAGUUCCAUGCAGGUUGAUAAGCAUUGUUACCUAAUGACCAAACCAAUUAAUUUGCUGUUGGGCUGUAUACUUGCUGAUUGGUGUGGCAUCAACCAUUUAUCUUAUUUCCUGCUUCUGAAUGUGGUCCCUUCCCUCUGUUUUCUCUGCUGUCUUUUUGGGCAUAGCCCGGUGGUUUCUGAAAUGUGGCAGUGGUGCCCUAGGAGCCAUGAAAUAUUACAAGAUUUAAUAAUUUUAUUUUGACAUUCAAUCUAAUGACAGGACACGACAUCUAGCAGACCUGAUGCAAACCAUUUACUCACUUUUAUUUUAGUAAUUGUAUGCAGAAGCUCCUACAAUGGGUUCCUAGAUGGCACUCAUUGACCUACAUGUGUUUUAUUCAUUUUAAGUUUUUUACCUAACCCUUUAAUUUAAAAAAUGUUUUGAAGGGUAAUUACUACAAUUUGACAUAGGGUUCAUGUGUAAAACCUAAAUUCCACCAAGUAUAAAAAAAAUGUUUGACCUGGUGUAGCCAAACAAAAUAAGUACAUUACUUACAAGGAAACAUAUACAUGUGAACAGUGGAAUAAAUAUUACUGUUAAUAGUGCGCUAUUUAGUGAGGUCACUUUAAAAAAAACAACAUUAAGCUAUAGUCUGAUGGAAAUAAUUGAUUGUUGUGUUAUUUUUAUUCUAUUUAUAGUCAUGAAAAAUAAUUAGAAUUCAUGGAUUUCACAGAUUUAUAGGGUUAUGGCUUUAUUAGAAAUAUAAAUAAAUAGACUAUUUAUGGACUGUCAGAAUUUCAGGAUAAUUAUUGCAAAAUUUAUGCAUUAAUGUACACAUUUACAUAUUUUCUGCUGAGACCACACACCCAGCCAUUAACACCCAUACACAAUAUAUCCAAAAUAAACAACCUCCCCUCCCCUAAAUGCAUAUGUAAAAAAUGGAUGGGCCAUAAUGUAAAAAUCUGAUCUUAGAUCUGUCCAAGAAAUUGAUAGGUUAAAAAUCCACCUAACCUAACAAGGAAAGUUUAAUCAACAUUAGAAACCAAAAAGGUGUCUUAUCUUUUUAAUUUAUUCAACUGCAGUGUUCUCACUGUGUCUAUUAACCUGAGCAGUCUUGUGCCAACAAUCAUAAAUCUUGGUUGAACAACUUUGGAAGAGAAAAAAAACUUACAUUGCAUCGACUAGAAUGACCCUAAUUCCAUUUUGCCCCUCCAACAUGGCCUGUUGGAAGUCAGAAUAAAACACUUACGCUUAAGCUUCAGAAACAAUAAUAAAAGAAAAUGCAAACUCAGGAGUGAUGCUGGCUAGGCAGACAGCCCUCAGUUAGAGAAGCAUUCUAUUUUGCCCUAGUUUACUUAUUGAAUCUUAAAUUGCUAGCUCAAAUUUUGAAAAAAAAUUGUCCUGUUACCCUUUUGUAACAAAAAUUAGUCAUAAAUACUGGAAAUAUUUUAAGGUUUAAUUCAAUAAAUAUAUAGUUGUGUUAAAAAAAGCCAAAUUUGAGAUUAUUUGAAUAUGGUACUAAUUAUUUUUUUAAAUAUUCUAUUCAAAUAAUUUCUAAUAGAGAAAGAUGAAGCUGCAGCUGACAGAGAUGACCUUAGAAAAGACCGAGCUAAAGAGAGACAAAGAGAAAGAAAUAUUGCAAGAGCUGCACCAGACAAAAGGUACACACAAAAAUCUAGUGAUUGGCAAUUUUUAUAGUACUCUUUUAGUCAUUUUAGUUCACAAUGACUAGUAAAUAAAUAUUUAAUAAUUUAUACUUAAAACCUUGUGGUGAAGAAAAUAAAAUAAUUCACUACCAUACAUAAUAAAAUAUGUUGUUACCGGGUAAUCAUUUUUUUUAUUCUCAAGCAUUAAACCCAUUUACUUAUUUGAUUUAAAAAAGUAAUGUAAAUCCUGGUGUAGAAUAACUUAUUAUUGGCAUUCUCGAAUUAGAGUAAAAUGAAUCAAUAUAUUCUCAGAAAUCGUCUUCAAAGAGACAAGGAAAGAGACAUCAGUGAAAAGAUUGCUCUUGGUAUGCCCAACACUGGGGCUGGUGGCAGUAAAGAGACUCAGUUCGACCAGAGACUCUUUAAUCAGUCCAAAGUAAGUCAAUUUCUUUUAAAAUUCAAAAUUUAAAUUGUCAUGCUCAUAAUCUGAAAAAAAAGUUACAUUGAUGUUAUUCAUGACAAUAUUUCAAUAGUUUUUAAAUUUUUGGAAAAACUUAAAAUACACAAUUACUUUAUUCCAGGGCAUGGACAGUGGUUUUGGUGAUGAUGAGGCAUAUAAUGUCUAUGAUAAGCCGUGGCGUGAGGAGGGUACUAUCUCCAAAUCUAUUUACAGACCAUCCAAAAAUCUUGACAGCGAUCUUUAUGGAGAUGAUCUAGAAACAAUAAUGAAACAGAAAAGGUUGAAAUAUUUCUCUUUAUUUUUAAGAUUUUAUAAUAGAAUAAAAAUAAUUUGAUGUACUGGUACUAUCAAUUUUGGAAGGAAAAAAAGGAAUUAUUAUUAAAAAGUCUGACCCUGGCCUGAGAGGGGUCUUAUAUCCACUGGUGUAGGAUAGUAUUUAAAAAAUUAUUGAGGUUACACUCACACAUGAUCUUUAGCAAAUUUUCUCACUUCCUAGGACCCCCUUACUUUGGUCCUAGAACAUUACGUACUUUAUGGACGGACACAUAUCUAUGAACAGAAAUUAGCAGUUGGUUUUGUAACUUUGCUGCGAUUUUAUUAAAUAUAUCAAUCUGACCUUUGAUUGUGUAUUAGUUGAGAACACAUUGUAAAAACCGAUAACUGGUCUAAAACGGAUUCAUAAAACCGAAUAAGUUUAACAAAAACAAUAUUAACUAUCCUGAAUUUUAGAUAACUGAAGUACAUGACACAUAAAAUAUAAAUAUCACCUACCCCAGACCCCUCCCCACAGUGUUUCAAGUUCCUGGAUGAUGCAGUUCUGCUGUGGACUUUUUGAAAUAUGGCCUUUUUAACAGGAGCCAUAUUUGUCUCUAGUCUUUGUUUGUGUGAUUUUGGGUUGGGGGGGGGGGUUACUUCAAAACACCAGAUACAUACCAAAUAUGACUAUGUCCUUCAUUAACUUGUAUUUUAUUCAUUUGUUUUCUUAGAUUUGUACCGGACAAGGAUUUUGAAGGUACUGAUAGAAACCGCAGACGGGAGGGUCCUGUUCAGUUCACAAGGGAUGUCGAGGAAGAUCCAUUUAAUUUGGAUAGAUUCAUUACAGAAGCUAAAAAAGGCCAAAAAAGGGCAGCUGAUGAUUUGAGAUCAUCAAGGGACUAUGAUAGUAAUAAAAGCACCAGUGGAAAAAAACGGAGAGAAUAAAAUAAUCAUAAAAUGCAUGUACUUUUAUCUGUAUGCUUGAUAUAUGGGAUUUUAAUGAAUUUCAAUUGUGUGGAUGGGGUCAACAGAUUGAACUGUCAUCUGUAUAAUGGAAAAAUUCAUAUUGAUCAUGUUGAGCAUGUUAAGCUUUACGGAAUGGAGGUCAUUAUCGAAUGUCUGUUUAUUGGAAUUAUAUUUUUUUCAUAAUUAAAAAAAAAAAUUUUAAAAGUUACUGUGACAGAAUGUUUGUGUACUGCUUGGCUGUUCAUAAUAAAGGAAAAGUUCUUUCAAGUUAAUGGACUUAACAACUCUCUAUCAAUUUAUACUAUUAGUGAAAAAUGAAUUUUUAAUAAUAAAACCAACUGAUAUUCAAAGUCUGAAUUAAAUUUUCUGGAAGCUUUUACAUUUUCUGAAUGGUUUUAGAUUUCUGAAUAAAUAAAUAAUUUUGAUUAUUCCUAUGUAUAAUAUAAGGGAAUCAUAAAUUUUACAAAUUUUGUUAAGAUGUUCAAGUAAUGUUGUUGGGCAGUUAUUUCCUAGAGUAGCAACAUUACAAUUACAUGCACCAAAUACUACCAUAUAUACUUGUGUAUAGAUUGCACCAGUGGAUAGAUCACACCCUUAGUUUGGGGUUGUCAAAGUGUUGUUUGGGUUUGACCCAUGAUAGUUCGCAUCCCCUUAGUUUGGGAAGUUACAUGGCCCUUUUUGAACAUAAAUGUAACUAAUAUUUCUUAAAUAGACAUCUCAAAAAGUUUCCAUAAAAAAUUGAAAACUGAAUCAGUUUUCAAAAACUGUUAUCUUUAAGAAAUAUUUUUAAAAAAUGGAUUGCCCUCUGCUCAAGCGUAAGGGAGAAAAUGAUUCUCUGACUUUUUGUCCAAACGACUCCUCAACUCAGAAUGAUAAUAAGUGAAAUUAAUGGUAAGUGGAUAGUCCACACCCGUGAUUUGAUAGGGUUUUUUGGUUGCUUUUUUUAAGUGCAACCUAUAUGUAAGUAUAAACAGUAUUUUUUUCAAUGUUGCUACCAUAUUAGAAAUUUUAAAUAAUUUGUUUAUUUGCAUGUUGGAUACAAAAAUCUAGGGGUUGAAUAUUGUUUGUGGAAUACAAGAAUAUAUAAAUUAAUACAUUGAAACAAAUGAAAAAGAAAAUCUUGGUCUUGACACAAUUGGGACUCACCAGAAGUGAUACUUUUAAAUUUUAAAGCAUUUCAGAUUGUGUAAUUUGUUCAUUAAUCAUUAAAAUGACCAAUUUCAUGAAACAAAAUCAUGCUACUUGAGUUGUAUUACAAAAAUAUUAUUAAUACACUAGUAUUUUACAAAAAUAGUAUUAAUUCACCAGUAAUU